GAAAACGGCACGCGCCUUGGAACCGGCGGCGGGAGCAAGACCGGCGUGGUCGCAAUGCCAUCGAGGAAGCAGCUGCAGGCCAUUUACGUCGAAGAUUUGAGGAGGCACUAUGAGUUAGGUCGCGAUUUCUACAUGCUCCAGGGUAGCAGAAAGCAUGGCACGUUCGAGGACGAUGAGGAGUUCGAGGCGCACGAUGAACCGACCACAGAGAUUGAUGAGAUACAAGUGUCCUUCACGCGCAUGCACAAUUGCAGCACCUUCGAUCAGUGCCAUGUCUACACAACUGUGGCGCCGUGUCAGGACAUGCUGCGGACGUUGCUCAUAGUACGCGAGCUUCCAAGUCGGGACGUUCUUCUUCGUGUCGAUGUGGGUAACCUGCAAGUCUGCUACGGCGGUCUGAUUCGAAUACUGAACCGCACCGCAGUGCGAAGAAGAGAAUACAGCCAAUCUCGUCAAGGGUCCGUGCGAGCACAACAACUCGGUUUGCUACCUCCAGAGUCCGCAGACGCGGCGAAUCGGAAGCCGUAGGAAGCCUCUUUGUUUCUUGCUUACUUUAUCCAAUUGUACUGUUUUCCUGCUGAUAUUAGAAUUCCUUGUUAUUUUUCUAAUUGAAUCUAGUUGUAUCGAGUGGCCGCUCCUGAUCACAGGUAUCUGAAUGGCGAACCGAUUCCACCUGCACCAACUUCCCAGUAUGGUGCGCCGCCGAUCGAGGAAACGGAUUACGCGUCCGGUGCAGAUUACCUAGAGACAUCGCCGCUAGAGAAGAGAGAGAAGUACCUUCAUCUCAUGCGCAACCAAGGCAUCGACAAGGCGAAGGCGGGGAGCCGCGAACUCGAGAAAAGUAUCGAGCUCUCACGAGCAUUGCAGGAAACGGUUGUGAUAGAGGAGUUCACACUGCAGCCGCCGUCUGAACCUACAGCAGCAUUACGACUUACCCGAUUCUUAGAGGAGCUUCGCAUACUGACGCACUUUUUGCCUAUGCGAGAGAAAAUUCCAUCUUUGGAAAUUUUCUAGCACGGAGGACAGGAAUACUUUGAGAUGUCGCGUUUUUUCAAAGAAAUUAAAUUCAUCAUAUAUAACGAUAUCAAUAUGUUACAUACUUGUUGUAAAGCUUUUUCCUCAGUAUUUUUAUGUAAGAAUCAGUGUAACCGCUACAUAUUAAUGUCAUCAACUUCAUCAACAAUUUCAGUGCUGAAGACUACAACAACAGCAAAAAAAAGUCAGCUUCAGAGGACGUUUAGAGUAGCCACAUCACCAAGGUGCCGAACAAUAGGCACAGCAUCAAGUACGAAAUUGAAAAUAUUUUGUCUCAGCUUUCUAGCACUUACUAUUCCAGGGGACCACACCAGUCUAAUAAAUUGAUUGUCAUCUUAACUACUUCAUGUGAACACACAGGACCAGACAGUCUACUUGUCAUCUUAACUUCACGUGAUUGCACAUUUCCCUGUAGAAGUGCGAGGUUGCUGCCCGGUAUAAAUAUUGAAUUAUUCGAAAAGCUGAAAUAAGCAAGUAAGUACUGAAAAUAAGCGAGAUACUGAACAAGGAAGGGUAGCCCUGUGAGAGCGACCU